AUGCCUGUCCGGACGGACGAACCAAAUCCUCGCACAAAGCACAAAGUCCUGAGUGUGUCGAUUGAAUACCCGGACCUCGAGGGCUAUCGCCUUGACCUCCCGGGAACGCAUCAAGAUUCACACAAAAUAUGUUCCUUACUAAAAGCAAUAGAUCAUUUCCACUACUUGGAGGUCGACUUCACUAUUCUGAUUGAUGAUUACACACGACCCGCGGAAUUAUUGCCCACGAGAAAAAACAUCCUGACGCAGAAGCGGGAGAUCAUUAUGUCUUCCACUCUAUCCUUCCUUGUGAUGUUGAGGUUCAAGGAUCGGCACAACUGCCACAGUUCGGAAACUAUAUCACGGAUGACACGAAGGCUGGAACAGAUCAUCCACAAGCUGCUUGUCGAACCAGUCCAAGCCAAAGGGGCGCACUUCAUGAUGAUAUUUGACUGUUGCCAUUCCGCCAGCAUGGCAGAGCUACCAUAUCAUAGUUUCGGCUCCCUUGCCCCUGAUGCGGCACAGAGAACUUCGUCGACAACUGUUGGAAAAGUGGAAACUAAAUAUGGUCUAAAGGAAAGGAGUGUUUUCAGAACAGCUCUGAGCCUGGCGCAGGAGCUGUGGGCUGCUUGUGAAGACGAGGAACUGGCACUUGGCAAUAGAAACGGCGGAUUGUUCAUGACUGUAAUUACAUCUGCCUUGGAUUGGUUGUGUCUUGUGCAAGUUGAUGACACCACAUUGCAGGCAUUUACGAACGUACUCGGGAGGAACCCGUAUAUGACACAUCAGGAGCUCCUGAUGCACGUUACGUGA